GGCGCUGGCUCUGGCUCUGGCUCUGGCAGUCCGGCUGGCAGGAGAGAAUUGGCGAGGGAUUGGGAUCGGGAGCGAAUUCCCAGCCAGCCCCUGUCUAGAGAGGGACAGGCCGCGCGCGCACGCACGCCACCGCGUUCCAUUGGCCGCGUCGUUGCCAUCACGCCGACGACUAAACUAGUCGAUCACACCAAGCUCACAGGCUCUCGAUCGCCUGUGAUCGGGCUGCCCUGCCGCCUCUUGCUCCCUUCCUCCUCUCGCCCAGCAGCCUAGCUACUUGAGCGAGACGAGCUCCAGCUGAGGAAGUGAGAGGUCGUGGUCCGAGAGGCGUGCGUGCGUGGCCAUGGACGGCGCCGAGGACGACGGGACGGAGUGGAUGAUGCAUGGUGCCGGAGGGAAGGGAAAAGGCGGCGGCGCGCUCGACAAGAACAAGAAGCGCUUCAGCGACGAGCAGACCAAGUCGCUGGAGUCCAUGUUCGCGACGCAGGCCAAGCUGGAGCCGCGCCAGAAGCUGCAGCUGGCGCGGGAGCUCGGCCUGCAGCCGCGCCAGGUCGCCAUCUGGUUCCAGAACAAGCGCGCGCGCUGGAAGUCCAAGCAGCUGGAGCGCGAGUACUCGGCGCUGCGCGACGACUACCACGCGCUCCUCUGCAGCUACGAGUCCCUCAAGGACGAGAAGCGCGCGCUCCUCAAGCAGCUGGAGAAGCUGGCCGAGAUGCUGCACGAGCCGCCGCAGGGCAAGUACUACGGCGGCAAUGCGGACGACGUGCGCUCGGGCGGCGUCGGCGGCACGAAGGAGGAGGAGGAGUCCACAGACGCCUGCGCCGGGGCCGCGCUCUACUCGUCCGAGUGCGCUGGCGGUGGCAGGUUCAUCGCGCACUUCUUGGCGGACGACGACGUGGGAGCAGCCCUCUUCCGGCCGCCGUCGUCUCCGCAGCCGACCGCUGGCUUACUCACGUCGUCGGGGCCGCCGGAGCACCAGCCGUUCCAGUUCCACUCCGGCUGCUGCUGGCCGUCGUCGUCGGCGGAGCAGACCUGCAGCGGCUCGCAAUGGUGGGAGUUGGAGUCCCUCAGCGAGUGACGUACGAUGAUCACAAGCGGCCGGGGGUCACUCGGUUCCAAGCACACGUAACUGGCCGGGCCAAUACGAGUUCGUUCGUAGCGGUCUCGUCACUCGUCAGCUAGCCCUGCAGAGCAACGGUGUACAUAGCUUCAGUAGAUCGAAGUCCAGGUCCAGGUCUGCCCAUCAAGCAGUUUCUUCUUCUCGCCAUCGAUCAUCGAUCAUGCAUGCAAAAGAUUUUUUUUCUCUCUCCCUUGCUACCAGAUCAUGUAAUCCAGCAGGAACAUGUAGAGAAAGAUCAAACGAGGUUAUAGAUCGAGAAGGUCGCCUGCAUAUGCGAGCUAGUCUAUUCUUUUCC